AUGUCACUUGUUAAUGCUAAGAGUAAUAAUAAUUUGACAACAAAGUUACCAGCAUUGGUCACAGCGAAAGAUCCAACGAUUUCAUUCAUUAAACCGGCUGUCAGUCGUAGUGAUUGUUGGACAUCAUUUUCUCAAAUAAAAUUAUCGAAAGUUUCCCAAGACUACGUUGUUUGUUUAUCUUGUAGAACUGUCUUGAAAUGGAUUAGUGGAAACGGACGUCAACGUACGAUCUCAUCUUAUUGUGAAGCACAACCAAAUGAUUAUGCAACAAUUAAACACCAACGAACCGAAGCGUGUGUCGAAUAUUGCGCUGUUGAUAGUCGUUCAUUUGAAUCUGUGUCUGGUGACGGUUUUAUCAGCUUAGUCAAACAGUUAAUGAAUGCUGGAGCAAUAGUCGGUACGGCUGUACCAGUAAAAGAAUUAUUGCCUCAUUCAUCUACAGUAUGUCGCUUAAGGGGGAAAUUUAUUUAUUCUACUGAUAAUCAAAGCAUUGAAGAAAUACCUGAUACAUAUAAUGAAAAAUCAUCACGUCCUUGUAUAAAUACCGAUAAAUGUGUAGCACAAACAAAACUGUAUGAUUAUUUAAUUGAAGGCAAUUUUAUGAUUGUUCCAAAUUUUUAUUUUGGAUGUGCCAUAUUAGAAGCGUUAUUACAAUCAACUUGA